AUGGAAGCACCAGAUCUAUUACCGCUCCUGGAGCAACUAGACGACAAUAUGGAUGAUCUCGAAGAGGUUCUUGAGCCGAUUCUAGGUCAUUCCCUGUCCAAAGCCUCCAAGAAGUUGCCGGUCAUGGACAAGGCAAAACUUCACGUUCUGGUCACAUACACCCUGGAAUCCUUAAUUUUCUCAUACCUGCGACUCCACGGAGUCGACGCAAAACAACACCCCGUCUUCCGAGAAUUGACGCGCGUGAAGCAAUACUUCGAAAAGAUCAAGGCGCUAGAGACGGAACCCGAGCAGCGGACAAUGACACUCGACAAGGAGGCUGCCGGGCGGUUCAUCAAGCACGGUCUUGCUGGGAAUGACAAGUAUGACCUGGAGCGGGCAGAAAAAGAAGCAAAGGAGCGUGCGCGUGCUCACUUAAAAGCAACCUUGCUGGCACGGAAGAGCGCCGCUACUCCAGCCGACUCACCGGCUGGCACUGAAGAUGCGCCGUCCACAGGACAAUCGGACGCCAGCGAGGAUUCUGAUGACGAGGGGAAUAAACAAGUUGAUUUCCCUCAACCUACCGAGUUUGAUUUGGAACGGAAGAGAAAGAUGACGGAGGAAACAGAAGAGAAAGCCAAAGCCCGAAGUAAAGAAGCCAAGAAGCAGAGGAAGCUUAGCAAGGCUGAUCGGAAAGAGUCGAAGAAGGAGAGGAGGCAGAAGAAGGAGGAAGUGCGAAAGGCUCGAAAGGCCAAAUGA